GCACAGAUGUUUUCAAUACUUUAGUCAAAAAUUUUAAACUGCAGUGGAGAUUGCAGCCAUAACAUAAUUGCAUAAUCGCACAAAGGCACUUCAUUGUUAACUGAGACAAAAUGGCUUUACCCGAGGGAUUGGCGAAAAAUAUGAAAAUCUUCCAGGCUAAAAAUGAUUUGCCUGUUUUCCUAAAAGGUGGUCCAGCUGACAAGGCCUUGUUUGGUUUGACUGUCGGCCUUUGCGGUAUUGGUAUUUUGAGUAUUUUGCAACUGGUUUAUGAUUUGGGUUUCAAAAAGAAGCAAGGUUAAUUAUUUAUUAAAUUUAAUGAGGUGUAUUUAAUUAAUAAAGUGCAAUAAGAAAAUUAAAUUAA